UUGCGUCACGGUCACGUGACCUCAUCUUUGUCAGUGAACAAAAUGGCGCCCUACUGUCUACUAGCUGGCCGGGUUCAGCAAGCACUAGGCCAUGGAGCUCGCAGAUACCAUGUUUCCUCCGUCCUGUGCCAGAGAGCAAAAGUGGCCAUGAGCCACUUUGAGCCUAAUGAAUACGUCGGCUAUGAAAAAGCAGACAAAAACAUCAACAUUGUUCGCAAACGCUUGGACCGCCCACUUACUUUGUCUGAGAAGAUUGUGUAUGGACACCUUGACGACCCAGUCAAGCAAGAAAUAGUUCGUGGCAAGACUUAUCUCCGCCUGCGACCAGAUAGAGUGGCUAUGCAAGAUGCCACUGCUCAGAUGGCCAUGAUGCAGUUCAUUAGCAGUGGGCUACCAAAAGUAGCUGUGCCAUCCACUAUUCACUGUGAUCACUUGAUCGAGGCACAGCUGGGUGGAGAUAUGGAUCUCAAGCGAGCCAAGGAUAUCAAUCAGGAAGUUUAUAACUUUUUAGCCACUUCUGCAGCCAAAUAUGGUGUGGGUUUCUGGAAACCAGGAUCGGGAAUCAUCCAUCAGAUUAUCCUUGAAAACUAUGCAUACCCUGGUGUACUUCUGAUUGGUACAGAUUCACAUACUCCUAAUGGAGGUGGUUUGGGUGGCAUCUGCAUUGGUGUAGGAGGUGCUGAUGCUGUUGAUGUUAUGGCUGGAAUUCCUUGGGAACUGAAGUGCCCUAAGGUUAUCGGCGUGAAGUUGACAGGACAGUUGUCUGGUUGGACUUCCCCUAAAGAUGUCAUUCUUAAAGUCGCUGGUAUCCUGACAGUGAAAGGAGGUACAGGUGCCAUUGUAGAAUAUUAUGGACCUGGGGUUGAUUCCAUCUCCUGCACAGGAAUGGCCACCAUCUGUAACAUGGGUGCUGAAAUUGGAGCUACCACCUCUGUUUUUCCAUACAACCAUCGAAUGAAAACAUACCUAGAUAAAACUGGACGAACAGAGAUCGCAUCUGUGGCAGAAGAAUUCAAGACCAACUUGGUACCAGAUGAGGGAUGUGAAUACGAUCAGACUAUUGAAAUUAACCUUGAUGAGUUGAAACCACACAUCAAUGGUCCUUUUACCCCAGAUCUUGCUACUCCAGUAUCAGACGUGGGAACUGUUGCAGAACAGAAAGGCUGGCCACUAGAUAUCAGAGUUGGACUUAUUGGAAGUUGUACAAACUCAAGUUACGAAGAUAUGGGUCGUGCUGCUGCUGUCGCCAAACAGGCCUUGGCACAUGGUCUUAAGUGCAAGUCUCUGUUUACCAUUACUCCAGGAUCUGAGCAAAUCAGAGCCACCAUAGAGAGAGAUGGUUAUGCAGCAAUACUGCGUGAUGUGGGAGGUGUUGUUCUUGCAAAUGCCUGCGGACCUUGUAUUGGACAGUGGGACAGGAAGGAUAUUAAGAAAGGUGAGAAGAACACAAUUGUGACCUCCUAUAACAGAAACUUCACCGGAAGAAAUGAUGCCAACCCGGAGACUCAUGCCUUUGUCACAUCACCAGAGAUUGUCACCGCCUUAUCUAUUGCUGGAACAUUGAAGUUUGAUCCGGAGAGAGAUCUUCUCACCGGUGCAGAUGGUCAGAAAUUCAAGCUGCAGGCACCAGAUGCAGAUGAACUCCCCAAAGCUGGUUUUGAUCCUGGUCAAGACACCUACCAAUACCCACCCAAGCAUGGAAGCAGCCAGCCUGUGGAUGUCAGCCCUUCCAGCCAGCGUUUGCAACUUCUGGACCCAUUUGACAAGUGGAAUGGGAAGGACUUGGAAGAAAUGCAGAUACUUAUAAAGGUGAAGGGAAAAUGCACAACUGACCACAUCUCUGCAGCUGGUCCCUGGCUGAAAUUCAGAGGGCACUUGGAUAACAUUUCAAACAAUCUGCUGAUUGGAGCUAUCAACAUUGAGAAUAAUAAGGCAAACUCUGUAAAGAACUGUCUGACUCAGGAGUAUGGCGCUGUGCCUGAUACUGCCCGCUAUUACAAGGCACAUGGAGUAAACUGGGUUGUGGUUGGUGAUGAGAACUAUGGUGAAGGAUCAAGCAGAGAGCAUGCAGCCCUGGAGCCACGACACUUGGGAGGCAGAGCAAUCAUUACCAAGAGCUUUGCUAGAAUUCACGAAACGAAUUUGAAGAAGCAAGGGCUUCUUCCCCUCACGUUCUCUGACCCUGCUGACUAUGAUAAGAUUCAUCCUGAGGACAAAAUUUCACUUGUUGGACUGAAGGAUUUAGCUCCUGGAAAGCCUGUGAAGUGCAUUAUCACUCAUCAGAAUGGCAGCAAAGAAACCAUCCUCCUGAAUCACACCUUCAAUGAAACCCAGCUUGAAUGGUUCCAGGCUGGCAGCGCUCUCAAUCGCAUGAAAGAGCUUCAGUAAUAAGGCCACAUUUGGAUGAUUGUUUUUGUUUUGCCAUUAACAAAGACCAUUCAUUCCCAGAAUAUCAGCCACUCGAUUGUAACAACCUCCGUCUAGAACACUUAACUGUAUCAGCCCUACCUUCCAUUAUUCAGGAAAGAUAAUAUUGAUUGAGAAAUAUUUUUAUGGCAAAUCCUGCCACAGCUUCAAAUUGUUACUCCCCACCAUUUCAUAUCCAUUUUUUUGUAUUUAUUGCCAAUUUCUGUUGUGAGAGAUUGGACUGGCUAAGCUGUUCUCUUCUAGUCUGUGAAAAGGCUCUGCUACAUUGUGAAAUGGAUAUUCAUGGGGAAAUGUAACUUGUUUAUAUAUGAAAGGGAAAUUGUAAAUGUUUAUGUGCACUUAUCCCACUCAUCAAUAAAAGUUGCUUACUUAUUUGGAUAUGCAUAUGUAGCUUGUUACAUUAACCCAUGGUGUCUUUAAAGAAAUAUAAAAUUCUAUCUGAACAGAUUCCACAAAAUAAAAUUUCUGUAAAUGGACA